AUAAGUUAUUUCCAUUACUAAUAAACUAAUGGCGAUGGUUUCAUAAUUAUAAUAAUAUAUAAAAAUAAAUACAGCGAUAAGAUUCACGACAUUCACGAGUAUAAAAAUUGUGUAAUACCACCUCAACCAAGCACUAAAUUUUAAUAUUUCCAACUGGAAAAAUGGCGCUUUCCGUCGAAGCGUUGAAAUUUCUUGCAUUUAUUGCAACUUAUCUGAAUCAAUGUCCGUUGUAUGAUAGAAGUAGUUACCAAACGCAAUGCGAUCUCAGCGCGAAAAAUAAAUAUGACUUUAUUAUUAUUGGUGGAGGAUCGGCUGGAACAACUCUGGCCUCACGUUUAACAGAAAAUCCUAAUUGGAAAGUGCUUUUGAUUGAAGCUGGAGGUGUACCAAGUCAAUUAUCAGAGGCCCCAGCUACUUUCAUGGCUUUACAAGGCACAGAAGAAGAUUGGCAAUUCAAAACAGAACUUGGUAACCAUUGUCUAGGUCUCACCAAUCAAAGAUGUAACUGGCCACAAGGAAAAGCCUUAGGUGGGGUAGUACUAUCAACGCAAUGUUGGCUAUUAAAGGAUUCAAACGUGAUUAUGAUGAAUGGGCCAACCUGGGCAACACUCGUUGGAGUUGGGAUAAUAUAAAACCAUACUAUGAUAAAGCCUUCAAACAAAUGCAAACAUCAACCUAUCAAAGUCCAAUGCCUACAAGGGCAAUGGUCUUAGCUGCCGCGGAAGCUAUGGGUCUACCCGUAAAUGACCACAGUGUCCAUCUUGGUUACCAAGAUAUUAAUUUAACCAUCAAUGCAAACCAAAGAUUCAACACUGCUAAAGCAUAUAUUGUAACCGCAAACAAAAGACGUAAUCUUUGUGUGAUGACCAACACCGCCGUAGAGCGUGUGCUCUUUAGAAGAAGAGAUGGUCCCAAAGCAAUUGGGGUUCUUCUUCAGAACGAGCAGAAACUCUACGCUUCUAAGGAAGUGAUUAUGUCCGCUGGUGCAGUAAUGUCACCACAAUUACUAAUGCUUUCCGGAAUAGGCCCCAAAUCUGUCCUGCAACCACUUCGAAUUCCUCAAAUUAAAGAACUCCCUGGAGUUGGGCAGAAUCUCCAGGACCAUUUGAUGUUCCCCGGAUACCUGGUCAAGAUCCCUCAUUUACCUAUUGCAGUUGACGCAAAACAAUUCCUCGAAGGUUAUUGCCAGACAAAAGAUGGUCCCAUUGGACAAAUUGACAUUGGUGAAAUGGUUGGAUGGAUCAACACCAGAAAUGACUCCGAAUACCCUGACAUUCAAUACAUGCAUAUGACAAUGUUAAAGAAAGAUCAGAUUCUCUCCCGUUCUAUGUCACAAAAUUGGGUUUCAAUGAAGUAUCAGCAGAUAGUAUUAUGGCCGAAAGUGCCGAGAAUCUAAUGAUGACUUUCAUUGCAAUUUUAUCAAAACCAAAAUCACGUGGUCAGAUUCUCUUAGCCAGUAAUAAAGCUAAAGAUGCUCCAUUGAUCCAUCCCGGAUAUCUUACAGAUGAACAUGAUGUAGAAACUAUGUUAGGUGCCAUUAGACAUUUAAAUCAGUUAGUGAGCACCGAUGCUUUCGCUGGUUCCAAAGUUGUAGACUUUGAAAUCCCCAAUUGCAAACACUUAGAAUUCAAUUCGAAAAAGUUCUGGACUUGCAGUUUGAGGAAUUUUGCUACUACUCUGUAUCAUCCAUCAGGCACGUGUAAAAUUGGUAAUGAUAACAUGGCUGUCGUCGAUGAAGAUUUGAAAGUUCACGGCAUUGAUGGUCUCAGAGUUGUGGACGCGAGCGUUAUGCCACUGAUUGUUACCGGGAAUACCAACAUGGCCGUGAUUGCUCUUGCAGAAAGAGCAGCUGAUUUGAUAAAAUCUAGCCAUUAACACUGACCGUUCGCAAAUAAAUAAAAUGUAUACUUAAA